AUGAACACAGAUGCGAACAUACCAAUAUCCGAUGCAAGUUUCAGUCAAGGUGUCUUGAGCAUGGGCGCUCUCGCACUGGGAUAUGGUGGGUUGGAUUGGCUCGAUUUCCAGCUGCAGGAGCCCAUGAUCAAUCCAGCCCAGGUAGAGCAUCCUCAUCCUCAUCCUAUCCCUAGUGAGAUGGCUGCUCCUAACUCUGGGGUAGUUAAUAACUUUUAUACUCCUAUCCUCUCCCAUGGGCCUUUAACUUCGACAUCGUCCCCGAACGCUGUUGACAUGCUUCCUCUGAAGACCGAGUUCCCUGGACACUCGAUUCAGUCGUGGCCUUUUGCUCAAAGCAAAGACCAUGUCCCAGAGCAGCCCCCUUCUAGAUAUAAACUGCCUCCCCUGGAAGAGGUUUUACGAGGGAGCUCCACUAACUCUCACACAAAGAGCAAGACUCCGAUAGAGGCAUUGAUUGAGAUUCUGUCCAAGCCUCGAAUCCCGGAUACAUCGGCUCAAGAUCCAGAAAUCUUUCUAGGAAUGCAUCUAUUGCAAAGGAUCAUCGAUUGUUACUUCUCUCAGUUUCAUGACAUCCUUGCGAUAAUACAUGUCCCCACAUUUAGUAUAAGAGACUGCUCCACUGUUCUUCUCGCAAGCAUGGCGUGCAUUGGCGCAAUGCAUCUGCAAAGUGCGGACGCACAAGCUGACGCUACGGCACUCUGUGAUCUUUGUUCUCGCAUGAUUCUCUGGCUCGUAAGCUGCGAUCUGCCUACGAGAUAUCACCAUGAUGCAAAGCACUAA